AUGCUGGCCGGCGCCAGAGGAAGCCAGUGCGGUGCCGCCACUCAGCUGAUGCGCUCGCAGCAGACCGAGCGUGGCCGUCCGUUCUCCCCCUUCCUCGCCCUGCCGUUUCCUCUCCGAUCCCUUCGUCAGAGCCCUGGAUCCGUACCCUCGUCAGAAACUUUGGUCUGGAACCAGCUCCUGGGACACUUUACUCUCGGGACCACCAGCAGUGGCAGCAGCAGGAUGAGCUCAGACGGGGGCGGUCGGCCCGUCAAAGUGGGCUCCCUGGUGGAGGUGAUCGGGAAGGGCCAGCGUGGCACGGUGGCCUACAUCGGUAACACUCUAUUCGCCUCGGGGAAAUGGGUGGGGGUCAUCCUGGACGAGGCCAAGGGGAAGAACGACGGCACGGUGCAGGGCAAGCGCUACUUCACCUGCGAAGAGAAUCGUGGGAUUUUUGUGCGACAGUCACAGAUCCAGCUGGUAGAUGAUGGGGCCGACACAACGUCUCCAGAGACACCUGAGCCCGGCACUGGCAAAACCACGGCCAGAAGGCCCAAGCAGCCCAGCCGGCCGGCCGGAGGGAAGGGGCCCGCGUCCGGCUCAGCUUCGGCGUCGGCCGGAGAGAUGAGCAGCAGCGAGCCCAGCACGCCAGCCCAGACCCCCCUGGCGGCCCCCGUUAUCCCCACCCUCCACUCCCCCGGAAACCCGCCUCCCCCUAUGCCCAGUAAGGAGGAGGAAGCGCUGCGGGCCCAGGUGAAGGACCUGGAGGAGAAGCUGGAGACGCUGAAGAUGAAGCGGACCGAGGACAAAGCAAAGCUGAAGGAGCUGGAGAAGCACAAGAUCCAGCUGGAGCAGCUCCAGGAGUGGAAGACCAAGAUGCAGGAGCAGCAGGCCGAGCUGCAGAAACAGCUGAAAGAAGCAAAGAGGGAGGCCAAAGAAGCCCAGGAAGCAAAGGAGCAUUACAUGGAGGAGAUGUCAGACACGGCUGACGCGAUCGAGAUGGCGACCCUGGAUAAAGAGAUGGCCGAGGAGAGGGCGGAGUCUCUGCAGCUGGAGGUGGACUCUCUGAAGGAGAAAGUGGAUGAACUCACCAUGGACCUGGAGAUCCUCAAGCAUGAGAUAGAGGAGAAAGGUUCGGAUGGCGCCGCCUCCAGCUAUCACGUGAAGCAGCUGGAAGAGCAGAACGGCAGGCUUAAGGAGGCGCUGGUCAGGAUGCGCGACCUGUCCGCCUCAGAGAAGCAAGAGCACCUCAAGCUGCAGAGGCAGAUGGAGAAGAAGAACACGGAGCUGGAUUCUCUGAGAGCUCAGAAGGAAAAGCUGCAGGAGGAGAUGACGGCGGCAGAGAAGACCAUCGAUGAGCUGAAAGAGCAGGUGGAUGCUGCUUUGGGGGCAGAGGAGAUGGUGGAGACUCUGACGGAGAGGAACCUGGACCUGGAGGAAAAAGUCAGGGAGCUCAGAGAAACCGUCACCGAUCUGGAAGCCAUAAACGAGAUGAAUGACGAGCUGCAGGAGAACGCCAGAGAGACGGAGCUGGAGCUGAGAGAGAUGUUGGACCUGGGAGCCGCCAGAGUCCGAGAGGCCGAGAAGAGAGUGGAAGCGGCCCAGGAGACUGUGGCGGAUUACCAGCAGACGAUCAAGAAGUACCGCGAGCUCACCGCUCACCUGCAGGUCUGCGCCGGUGCUCUCGUUCCCGCUUUUCUAACGGAAAACAGCUUGGCUGCAGACGCUCCUGACCCCCCCCCCCGAUGCCUCUGGUGCCCACUGCAGGAGGUGAACAGGGAGCUGACCAGUCAGCAGGAAGCCUCGGCAGAGCUGCAGCAGCAGCCGCCAGCGGAGAUGUUCGAUUUUAAGAUCAAGUUCGCAGAGACAAAGGCCUACGCCAAGGCCAUCGAGAUGGAGCUGAGGAAGAUGGAGGUGGGCCAGGCCAACAGACACGUCUCCCUUCUGACCUCCUUCAUGCCCGAGUCCUUCCUGCGUCACGGCGGAGAUCACGACUGCAUCCUGGUGCUGCUGCUCAUGCCCAGGCUCAUCUGCAAGGCGGAACUGAUCAGCAAACAGGCCCAGGAAAAGUUCGACCUGAACGAAAACUGCGUGGAGCGAGCUGGCCUGAAGGGAGCUGUGGGGGAACAGCUGAGUUUUGCCGGGGGCCUGGUCUACUCGCUCAGCCUGCUGCAGGCCACGCUCCACAAAUACGAGCAAGCUCUCGGCCAGUGCGGCGUGGAGGUCUACAAGAAGAUCGGCUCUCUGUACCCUGAGAUGAGCGUCCACGAACGCUCGCUGGACUUCCUCAUCGACCUGUUGCACAAGGACCAACUGGACGAGACGGUCAACGUGGAGCCACUCACCAAGGCCAUCAAGUACUAUCAGCACCUGUACAGCAUCCAUCUAGCAGAUCAAAACGAGGACUGCACCACUCAGCUGGCUGACCACAUCAGGUUCACGCAGAGCGCCCUGGACUGCAUGGCCGUGGAGGUGGGCCGCCUGCGGGCGUUCCUCCACACGGGUCAGGAGAAGGCCGACUUUGCCGUGCUGCUGAAGGACCUGGAGACGUCCUGCAGCGACAUCCGGCAGUUCUGCAAAAAGAUCCGGCGCCGAAUGCCCGGCACCGACGCGCCGGGCAUCCCAGCGGCGCUCAGCUUUGGGCCGCAGGUAUGCGACACCCUCUCAGACUGCAGAAAGCACCUCACAUGGGUGGUGGCCGUGCUGCAGGAGGUGGCGGCGGCCGGAGCUCAAAUGGUGUCCCCCCUCGGCGAGCAGGAAGGGCUUUCAUCCGUCAAACUGGAAGACGUAGCGUUCAAAGCCGGAGAGCAGAUCUAUGGAUCGCAGGGGGCCAAUCCGUACGAGUAUUUGCGACAGUCCUGCAGCAUCGUCAUAGCAACCAUGAACAAGAUGGCUACAGCCAUGCAGGAGGGAGAGUAUGACUCGGAUAAGCCUCAAAACAAGAAUCCCCCACCAGUGGAGGUGCGUGCGGCGGCUCUUCGAGCAGAAAUCACAGACGCAGAAGGACUUGGCAUGAAGCUGGAGGACCGGGAGACGGUCAUCAAAGAGCUAAAGAAGUCUCUAAAGAUCAAGGGAGAGGAGCUGAGUGAGGCCAACGUUCGUCUCAGUCUUCUAGAGAAGAAGCUGGACAGCUCGUCCAAAGACGCCGACGAACGCGUGGAGAAGAUCCAGACUCGACUUGACGAGGCCCAGACUCUGCUGAAGAAGAAAGAGAAGGAGUUUGAGGAGACGAUGGACGCCCUGCAGGCGGACAUCGACCAGCUGGAGUCGGAGAAGGCGGAGCUGAAGCAGAGGAUCAACAGCCAGUCCAAGAUGGGCGCCGACGGGCUGAGGGGAAGCGGCCCGUCAGGAAUCGCCUCCAUCGUCACGGGGAUAGCCGGAGCCACCAUGAUUUCCGGAGGGGGCUCCGGCUCCGGCCUCCAGGUGAUCGACUCUCCCCUGCUGACUCAGCAGAUCGAAGCUCAAAGACUCUGCAUCAAACACCUGAAGAACGAGAACAACAGGCUGAAGGCGGAGAGGAUGCGUGCGCAGCUGGCCUCUCUGCCCCCCCUGCGCGUGACCAAACUCCCCUCCAAGGAGGGGCGGCCUGAGGUGCUCUCCAGCGCCCUCUACCGCAAGACUGACCAGCUGCUGGAGACUCUGCUGCAGAUGAGUGCCAACGUCAAGGUGGUGGACAUCACUGGGAAGUCGCCGGCCCGUCUCCAGUCUCUGAGAGAGACUCUGGACCGGCUGAAGGAUGAGGUCGCCGAGCACGUUGUCAACCAGCAGCCCGGAGCCCGAGUCACAUCCGACUUUGCAACUUUCCCCUCAACCUCGUUUGUAAAGGCGAAGGAGGAGAAGCAUGGCGACACCACGCUGGUAGGCCGGGUCAAGCUGCCGUGCCCCCGGGGUCAGGAGCAGGUCCACCGCCUGGUGCUGUCCCAGACUCAGCUGCAGAGAGUUCACCGCCUGCUGCAGGCCUAA